AUGGCAGCGUCUAUAAAAUUAUGUGUCCUAACGGACAGGGCACUUUUUGUGGGCAAAAGGUGGAAUCAUCGAUGUAUAAGAAGUUUAGCUUGUACACAACAGAAAAGAAACAUACAAAGUGCCAGUAGGGACAGUUACGAUGUUGUUGUAGUAGGUGGUGGAAUCGUGGGAUUGGCAACAGCCAGAGAACUUAUCCUGCGACACCCAAACCUUUCAUUUGCCGUAGUAGAAAAGGAAAAGGAACUCUCUGUACACCAGAGUGGCCACAACAGUGGUGUCAUCCAUGCUGGGAUCUACUACCAGCCAGGGUCGCUAAAGGCAAAGUUGUGUGUGGAGGGGCUGGAACUCCUGUACAAAUAUUGUGAUGAAAACAAUGUACCCUACAAAAAAUGUGGAAAGUUGAUUGUUGCUGUAAACAAAGAUGAAAUUCCUCGACUAGACUCCUUAUUGGAGAGAGGAAUAGAAAAUGGCGUGAAAGACCUGCGCGUGGUGGAUGCAGAUGGAAUAAAGGAAAUAGAACCUAACUGUGUGGGACUAAAAGCUGUGUACUCCCCCCACACAGGAAUUAUAGACUACAAGGUUGUGGCUCAGUCAUAUGGAAAGUUUUUCCAUGAUCGUGGUGGUGAGGUCUACACAGGGUUUGAGGUGAACAAAUUUGAUGUGACAAAGGAAAGUCUGAGUGGGACGACAGAUGGUAUAAAGUAUCCAGUCACAAUCCGAGGGAAACAGGGUCAGGAGCUGAAAUGUCGCUACGCCAUCACCUGUGGUGGCCUUUACUCUGACAGAAUAGCUGAGUUGUCGGGCUGUCACAGAGAACCCAGAAUUGUGGGAUUCAGGGGAGACUACCUACUCCUCAAACCAGAGAAAGCAGACCUUGUUCGUGGCAAUAUAUAUCCAGUACCAGACCCCAGAUUUCCAUUCCUUGGUGUUCACUACACUCCACGUAUGAACGGGGAUGUCUGGCUUGGUCCUAAUGCCGUGUUAGCAUUUAAAAGGGAGGGAUACAAGUUACUGGACUUCAGUCUCAAAGACACUGCCGAUGCUUUAAGCUUUAGAGGCCUACGUAAGUUAGCCACCAGACACUUAGCCUUUGGUAUCAAGGAGAUGUACAGAGGGUUUUACAUCUCUGCUCAGGUGAAAUUACUACAGAAGUAUGUCCCUUCUCUAAAACGAGAGGAUAUUACGAGGGGACCCUCAGGAGUACGGGCCCAGGCCCUGGACAGAGAUGGACAGUUGGUGGACGAUUUUGUUUUUGAUGUGGGUCAAGGAGAUGUUGGAAGUCGUGUGUUGCAUGUACGCAAUGCUCCGUCUCCAGCGGCAACCUCGUCACUUUCUAUAGCCAAAAUGGUUGCUGAUAAAGUAGAGGGAACAUUUCAACUUUAACCUUAACUUAUUAUUAUGUAUUCUAGGUUGAUUAAUUAAUAUUUUAAAAAUAUCAUAUUUAUUGGACCCUUUUGUCUAUUGAAUUGAAAUAAAUAAUGACCAACACUAUAUAGUAUUUUUACUGUAUGGUUGUUGAAUUUUGCGGUUGUCCUUGUCAGUACUAGUUUAGGG